ACAAUCAUGAGAUUAAGUCAAGUAUUUCAAAAAGCUUUUGUAACCGCCGACUGACAGAUGGAAAACUUAUAACGACAGAUGAUUCGUGCACCUUUAUUUGGAGUUUUUCUUUCAAUUUUAAUUUGUAACAAUUGAGUAUUGUUUUCACGCUCUGUCGCCACUGAAAAAUGUUGAAAUUUUAAUGGGGAACACGCGGAGACUUUGUAAAGUCAGAAGGGCUAUUUCAUGAAAAGUAAAGCUAUUAAGUUUCGUUGUGAAAAUAACUUUUUGUUUCAGACAUCGAAAUCUACGGCACAACUUGAACAGUUUGAUUAAAAAAUUGCAAAUUUACUGAUUGAAGUUACCCACUGAAGACUGUCUCGAAAUAUAUCAUUGUUUUUUUAUUCAUUCAUUAAAAACCUUAGCCGCAUUUAUAGCCGUCCAUAAAAGCUUUUAGUCGCCGCAAUGGCAAAAGAGGGUUGGGAAAAGGAACUCAGUCCCUGCUCUCUUAGGGCAGUAAUAAGAGGAGUGCUGGUGAACGAUAUUUUGUUUACCUAAAGUCCCGACAAAAUAAACGAGACGGAAAAAAAAGUUUACAUAAUUGGCGCACAUCUGCGCCAGGAAAAUUCAUCUCAAUGCGGACGGAGUUUUCCGCGCGAUCUCUCGAUUAAUGUUCAUGUUAACCUCCUUUACAAUUUCCGCUAUCUUUUAAAAUCUUCUAGAAUGAAAUUUUAUCCUUACUAAAUUACCAGAGGUGUGAGAAGACAAAACUAAUUAAACAGGUUUUUCACAUCAAAUUGUUUUGGGUAGAAUGCUAUUUGCACAUCACAUCAACAUUUCACUGACAAUACCCAUCGCUUUUUGCUUCAAGCGUUGCAAAUUAAUGACGAUUUUAAAAUCACACUUGUUUGAUGUGCAACUCUUGCAGAAACAGGCAGAAUGUCUAUUUUGUUAACAGAAGUUUUUGAAGGACUGCCCCUCUAAAGUUACAUUUGCGAAGGGCACAGUCAGAAAUCUUCAUUAACGUACUCAGUUCAAGGUGAAGGUUUGUCAUUUAUGGGACAUACGUCCAUCCGUCGCCUAUUCUUCUUUUUGACAUCAAAGCAAUCGAUCUUGUGCCGCCUCCGCACAUAACAAGUUAAAUAUAAACGUAACAGCACCAAAAAAUUGAUUUUAACUUCACUUUGUUGAUGAAUGGGCAGUUGAUCUGAUUUGCUGCAGCUCUAGAUUGUAAAACACAAAAUAAUACCGAAUAUAUCGGGCGAAGUGCUACCAGAAUGACUGCAAACUCGACAAUUCACAUGUGGAAUUUGACGAUCAAUGCUAGCACCCGGUUUCCGUCAAAUUCGACACUAAAUGCGCCACCGUUUGCAGGAGUGCCUCAACUGUACGUUAUCCUUGGUACGCUCUUCUUCUCCUUAAUUAUCGUGGCUGGUUUGUUUGGGAAUGCUCUUAUAGUAGCGACACUUUCUCGUUGGCGGGAAAUGAGAACACCAUGCAAUUUACUAAUCGCAAACAUCUGUGCCGCAGACUUGGGAGUUUGUGUUCUUGCGGCACCACUAAGGAUCAUCGAAAUUUAUCAUGGUUGGCCUUUCGGUGAUGUGCUGUGUCAAAUAUUUUUUCCCCUCCAAGAUGUUUUCGUAUGUGUCUCAGUAGUCACACAGACCGUGAUCGCUCUGGAGAGGCAUCGAGCCAUUGUCUCGCCCUUCAAGCCGACACUUACUCUCCGACGCGUCAGUAUGGUAGUUCCAGCAGUGUGGGUGGCCUGUUAUGUGACAGCCGGUGUUCCGAUGCUACUUUUCAUCAAGGUCACUUUGUUUCCCGAUGGGAAGUUCUAUUGUUUUCCAGUUUUCUCCAAUAAAGGUUACAGAAUCGCGUACGAGAUGUAUCUGGUGAUUUUGUUCAUAACUUUACCACUAGUGGUUCAGAGUCUGGCAUACUUUGACAUCAUCCGUUUACUCAGAGCAAAAGACGAAAUCGAGGCGAGAAGUGAAUCCUUUCUGCCGAACUCUUCCAUGAGGAAAACGAUAAAUGAUCGCCUCCGACAGAAAAAGCACCUGGUUAGGAUUCUAGUGGUGUUGAUGUUGGCUUUCCAAAUUUGCUAUCUUCCUCGUGGUGUGAUCAUGUUACUGACUGAAUUUAGCCCAGAAACAACGUCGAAGCCAGACUUCAACUAUGUAAACCUUAUUACAUUGGCGAUGUACUACAUCAAGCACGUGAUCAACCCAGUAAUUCUUUUAGCGAUGAGCAAAGAUUUUCGUUCCGGUUGCUUAAACAUUUGUUCAUCGGGAGGCAAACAAUUGCCGUUCAUGCGAGGCAGCCGUUAUUCGAGUAGUCGUCAAGCUACGAUGCGAAGCUCUGCGCGGACAUUAACCGGUGUUCCGAUGAGGAUGAUUUCCGGAGCAGGAGAUAACAUUUCAGAUCACCUAACGAAUAACAUGCAUAGAUAAAAAAUAUUCUUGGCAAGAACCAGCUCUCUUCAGAGUUGGCAAGCUAUGUUAUUGAAAGCUAGACUAAUGUCCGUUUUAUUGACAUUUCUUCUUAGUGAUCAAGCAACUUCGGAGAAGCCGGGCUAGUCUCUAACCAGGAAAACUAAUUGUAGUGAUUUUUACAGUUACUUAAGUCUAAAGGGAAUAUGAAUGGACGAUAAACCAGCUUGAGAAUUUGAGCGAGCGUUAGCUAUAGGCUGCUAGUAGCCGAUCGAUCUACAAUUCGUAACUAUUAUUGUUAAUAACAUAUGUAAAGAAGGCGAUCAAGCUCCACGAACUGAUUGAUAAAUCUUUUAAUCAAAACGUUCGAGAACGGCAACAUUGUAUUGGCCUACAAAUCCAUAGGGUUAUCAAAAUAGAUCGGUGAUUUUCACUGAAACAUUCGUGGGAGUAAAAAAUGCAGAAUUCAAAAUCUUUUUAUUAUCCAAAAUGAUGAUGGGAACGCGAAAGUGACGAGUAGAAUUUAAAUUUGGGCCGUUUUCAAAGUAUCAGGAUUAAUUGUUUAAGAGAACAAAUGGUUAAGAAAAUUUGCAUGUGUAUGAUUGCUUAGUUAUAAAUUAAAAAAACAAAAAAUUUUC